CCUACCUAGGUACCUAACCUACCUUCUUCAAUUAUUUCAUUCGCUAGAGCUGCUUCCGUAAAUAAAUAAAAGAGGAAAUCACGAUUUACAUCGAAGCCAGUUACUUGUGGUUCGUCGCAAUCUUUUCCGUAGUCCUUCUCCUUUACCACACAAGCACACCUCCUUAACAUCCCCCGUUACUACACCACAAAGAUUAUUGUGUAGAUUAUUCUACAAAUACCGAACCCUUAAGCCUUGUUACUUAAUACUCAUAGCAGCAUGUCUUCGUCGGACUCUGGGGCUGACUCUGGCUCAGAAGAUGAUAACCCUUCCCCUUCAGUUACUCAACCCAAAACGAAGGCUAAGGUGUUUGACAACUUGCAGUUUUCCCAGUUCAUGAGAGAUCACCAGGAAAAAAUCUACAGCUCUAUACCAAGCUCAGUUACCAGGGACGAAGAUAAAUCUACCAAUUCGCUUGUGAGAGAGGCAGAGAGCGAAAGGAUUAUCUCAAGUCCAAGGGAAUAUCAAACCGAAUUAUUUGAGAGGGCCAAGCAGAAAAACAUAAUCGCCGUUCUAGAUACUGGAACCGGAAAGACGCUUAUCGCCGCUCUCCUCCUUCGUCAUACCGUCGAGCAGGAACUAGAAGACAGAAGCGCUGGCAAACCGCCAAGGAUAUCUUUCUUUUUAGUUGAUAAAGUUGCCCUAGUGCUUCAACAAUAUGAAGUUCUCAAGGCAAACCUGGACCAUUCUGUCCAGCGAUUUCAUGGUGACCACGGGGGCUCUAUCCUAAAUUACGACUUCUGGAAGCAGAAGAUCGAGGAAAGUAUGGUUAUAGUUUGCACCGCCGAUAUACUUCUCUCGUGCCUUCAUCACUCCUUCGUUAAGAUGGAAGGCAUUAACCUUUUAAUAUUUGAUGAGGCCCACCAUACCAAGAAGAACCAUCCGUAUGCCAGGAUCAUCAAAGACUUUUAUGCACCAUUAGAGCGAGAACAGCAGCGGCAACCCCGAAUCCUAGGUAUGACCGCAUCACCCGUCGAUGCAAAAACGGAUCCAACGUCUGCUGCCGCGAAAUUAGAGGGGCUUCUGCAUAGCGAGAUAGCGACUGUGGCGGAUGUUUCAGUCUUCACGAAGUCUUCGAUCAACCGACCUAUCGAGGAUUUCAUCGAGUUCAGCGUGGCCCCAGAGCCCUUUGAGACGCCACUUUGGCACAAGCUACAUAAGUUGGUCGGACACAACGAUGCUCUAAGAAAGCUAUUCGUCUAUUCCAGGGAUUGUACUGCAGAGAUGGGUCGCUGGUGCGCAGACUGGGUCUGGAAAAUAUGCUUGACCGAACAGGAAGCUCAUAAGCUGGAAGCGAAGACGGAGAGGAAUUUCAUGUCUAGCAAAACGCAUCUCCCUAUAGCCGCUCUCGACGCCGAGAUAUUAGCUGUCCGAGACGCCUAUAAGAUAGUAGCUAGCCAUUCAUUUCCCCAACCUCAGCGGAACCCCUUUUAUCUAUCCGACAAAGUCGAAGCCCUUAUUGGAGCCCUCCGGAAGCAUUUAGAUCCACUUAAGGAUAAGUGUAUCGUAUUCGUAGAACAACGCCUUACUGCGUUAUUGUUGGCAGAUCUUGUGAAGCAGUCGAGCUUCAACAUGCCUGAGAUCAAGGCCGGCGUACUGUUAGGAGCGGGUAGCAACACUGGCGACUUGGGAAUGACUUUGAAGGAGCAAUUUGUGACCAUGCACCAAUUCAGAAACGGCGAUCUAAAUUGUAUCUUUGCCACCAGCGUUGGCGAAGAAGGCAUUGACAUGCCCGAUUGCAAUAUUAUCAUUCGAUUUAAUCUUUGCAAGACGAUGAUUCAGUACAUUCAAUCGAGAGGCAGAGCUCGGCGCAAAAACUCCAAAUUCUUCCACAUGGUCGAAUACACCAAUUCCACUCAGUUACAGUCUAUCUUUGAGCACGAGGACAGCGAAGCAAGACUCCGCAGGUUUUACAAUACCCUGUCUGAAGACCGGCUCAUUACCGGAAACGAUUAUAAAAUUGACUAUUUCCUAUCUCAAGAGAGGAGCCACCGUGUCUACGUUGUGCCUUCAACCAAAGCCAAGUUGACAUAUAAAAGUAGUCUGGUAAUCCUAGCCAACUUCGUCUCAACGCUACCGCGUCCCUUGGAUACUAUCUAUACUCCGGAUUAUAUAAUAAGAGCCAUUGGCCGAGAAUUCGAAUGUGAGGUUCUCCUACCAGACACCUCUCCAAUCAAAGGUGCGCUUGGGCGACGCGCAGAUUCCAAGCAAGUUGCCAAGUGCUCCGCUGCUUUCGAGAUGUGUCUGCAAUUGAAGAAAAAGAAGUACCUUGACGAUUAUUUGCAAUCUACUUUUACUAAGAAGCUCCCGGCUAUGCGUAAUGCUCACUUGGCUAUCAGCUCGAAGAAGCGAUCUGAGUAUUCCAUGCGUAUAAAGCCUGAAAUCUGGGAUAAACGAGGCCGUCCAGAGAGCUUAUACGUGACGGUCCUAAAGCUAACCUCUCCAGAAGCAUUGGCGAGAUUUUCGAAACCGCUAGCUAUUCUCACGAGGUACCCACUUCCACGAACAGCCAAGUUUCCCCUAUUUUUCGAUCAUCAGCGUACCUCAGAUGUAGAAUGUAUACCUCUUCUACGUGCCUUGAAUACAACGCCAGAGGAGAUCGAUCAAGUCAAUGCCUUCACAAUUAAAGUGUUCGAUGACGUGUUCAGUAAAGAGUACCGUUCGGAACCGGAAAAAAUGCCUUACUUCUUUGCGCCCCUUAUACAUCCUCACAGCUUCAAUUUUGCUAGUGCAUCUGACGACGUUCGUGUCUUAAUUGACUGGGAGUGUCUUUCUAUGAUUCAAUGCGCAGCAAGAUCCCUUGAAUGGGAAAAUAAACCAGACGAGUUUUUCCAGGACAAGUUCGUCAUUGAUCCUCACGAUGGGUCACGUAAAUUCUAUACGGUUCGCCGCCGUCACGAUCUCAAGCCAACUGAUCUAGAGCCGCCGGGGAUUUCCAAGAACCAGACCGGUAAAAAAUCCACCCGGGAAGCACAGAACGACAUUUGGAAUUUUAGUAUCAGCUUGUGGUCAAAGUCGCGUUCUAAAUUGACAGUUCGGCAUGAACUACCUGUCGUUGAGGCCGAGUAUAUUCCACUACGACGGAAUCUUCUUGAUGAAUUGGACAAAUCCUAUGAUGUGGAACGAAAGUGUUUUCUUGUCUUUGAAACUUUGAAAUUCUCGCCUUUACCGGUUGAUGUGGUUGCCAUGACCUACAAUCUACCUGCGAUAAUAUAUCGACUCGAAACUAGUCUUAUAGUGCUAGAAGCUUGCAAGUCCCUAUCCCUAGACAUACGUCCCGACCUCGCCCUGGAGGCAAUGACUAAAGACAGUGAUAAUACCGAAGAACAUUCGGAAGAACAAAUAAAUCUUCAGCGAGGCAUGGGGACGAAUUACGAGCGUCUUGAAUUUCUUGGUGAUGCAUUCUUGAAGAUGAGCACAACAAUUGCCCUGUUCUCUCAGAUCCCCGAUAGCAACGAAUUCCAUUACCACGUCGAUCGCAUGCUACUAAUUUGUAACAAGAACCUCUUCAACAACGCGCUAGAUCUAGAGCUGCAAGAGUCGAUUCGAUCGCAGGGCUUCAGCCGACGGGCGUGGUAUCCGGACGGCCUCGAUCUACUGAGAGGCAAGCAGAAUACUAGCAUCAAGGGGAAGAAGGGUGUCAGGGAAAUUCAUACACUCGGAGACAAAUCAAUAGCUGAUGUUUGUGAGGCGCUCAUCGGGGCAGCAUAUCUGACUACCUAUGAACAGCACAGCUUUGACAUGGCCAUUCAGGCCGUUACUAAGUUCGUCAAUCACCAAAACCAUAAGAUGAUGACAUAUGGAGAUUAUUAUGCAGCAUAUAAUGUUCCGGAGUGGCAAAGCGCCGACGCCACGGCAGUUCAACGUGAAGUAGCCAGGAAGAUCGAAAAGAAGCUUGGCUAUAGAUUCACGUAUCCCCGCUUGCUACGCAGUGCAUUCAUGCACCCAUCGUAUGGUACCAUAUACGAGCGUAUCCCAAAUUAUCAGCGACUGGAGUUUCUCGGGGAUGCACUACUCGACAUGGUCUGUGUCGACUUUCUGUUCCAUCGGUAUCCAAGUGCGGAUCCCCAAUGGCUGACCGAGCACAAGAUGGCGAUGGUAUCAAAUCAAUUUCUUGGCUGCCUUUGUGUCUCCCUUGGGUUUCAGACACAUAUGGUGUCUAUGGAUAGCGAGGUACAAAGAGACGUUACGGAAUACGUAGCCGCUAUAACAGAAGCUCAGCGAGCAGCAGAAGAAGAAGCUGAAUCGGCCAAUCUUGGACGUGCUUCAUACGCAAAGAAUUUCUGGGUUGAGAUUCAGAGACCGCCCAAGGCACUCCCCGAUAUCGUGGAAGCAUACAUCGGCGCCCUCUUCGUCGAUAGCAAGUAUGAUUAUAGCCAGGUGCAACGAUUCUUCGACACGCACAUGCGGCCUUACUUCGAGGAUAUGCACAUUUACGAUACGUUCGCUAACCGACAUCCGGUCACCUUUCUAGCAAAUAUGCUGCUGCUGCACUUUCACUGCGCCAACUGGCGCCUCAUGGUACAGGAAAUCGCCAUUGAGGGUGAUCCGUUGGGCCAGGCGCAGGUACUCUGCGGCGUCAUGAUCCACGGUCAAGUCCGAGAGCACGCCAUCGCAGCUAGCGGCCGGUAUGCCAAGAUUGCGGCGGCUAAAAAGAUUAUGGACACACUACGGGAGAUGGACGUUGAUCAGUACAAGGAUAUGUAUGGAUGUCGCUGCUCGCCUGAGGAAGCUGAGGCUUCGGAUCCCCUCGCCGAAAUUACAGCUAUUUGAAAAUGAGAAGUUCAAGGGGAGUAAUAAUCUUCGGGUGUCUUUAGAAGCUAGCUUCUAGUUCGUAUGCUUGCUAUCCCAGGAUACAUGUAUAGUAAGCUUGAGUCGUAGCUUUUCUCUAAAUUCGACGAUUUCAGAUGAG